AUGUACUUUUGCGCAGACACCCUCGCUUUGUCUCAUAUUUUGGUUCACGACCAUCCGGUCUCCACUCGGACGGAGUGGCGCGCCGCGACGGCGGUCUGUGAGGGCGGCGGAACUCCGGCGACCGGCUCGAGGAUCCGCGACUUCCUCUUCAGAAACUGCGUCGCAGAGAGGAGCACCAACCGAGUUGGCCUCACCAUGCCGUCCGCCUCCUCUCCCCAUCGGAAGCUGCUCCACUCCUUGGUAUACUGGGCGGUGCAGCGCUGCCGGAUGUCCGAGUCGCCGUGCCGGCUCACGGUCUCCCUCAAAGGCCCCGCCGAACCCGCCAGCCCCUCGCCGCUGCGUGUCUCCGUUUCCGACACUGGGGUGGGGAGCAAACUGGAGGAGUUCCUGGAGCUCGACGACCUGGCCCGUGAGACUCCCGUGGAAAAAUGGGAUGGCACUCUCUUAAUCACAACUACUGGAAUCAAUGAUGAAGCCAUUUAUCGUUAUCGAUUUAAUCUUCAGGAAGAGUUAUCAAGUGCAAGGUUCACCAAGCUGGCUACCACAUACAAAAAUCAUGCAACAUUCAGUGGAACUGAAGUCUGCCUUUGUCUCUCAAAUGAAGCUGAUGCUGAUGAUUUUAUAUUAUGGUUGGUUGGCUUCUUCCAUAAGAUACUUGUCUUAAGAGCAGCAAAUUUAGCAUGUGAGCUCUUUGUUGAGCAAAUAGGCAGUGCUGAAUCAAGAAAUGUCUGUCUACCACAAUAUUCUGAUGAUGUCCAUCAUUCUGUUAUGGCAUCAAGUAGUGACCGGCUAGUUUGUGGCCUCAAAGACUAUGCACUCUCCCAUGGAAACACUUGUGAUAAUUGUGACACAUGCACACUGAAUAGAGAUCUUCUAAAGAUUGGAACUGGAGCAGCAAACAAUGUAGACAGAAGAAAAGCUAAAGGGCUACAUGUUGAAGUAGUCAUACUGAUUGCACGCACUGCAUCUGAUUUAAGUUGUUGGACAGUAAAUUGUUCGUCCACAAAGGUUUUGUAUUUUGAAGAUUUUGUACCUUGUCCCAUAUCACAAUCCUCCUUUGAUGUGUUGGUGAGCAUAGACUGGCAAAGCUAUGGUUUCAAGUUAAAAGGUGGUUUCAUAGAUGAUGAAGGAAAUGCUGUUCUUGAGUGGGAUGACAUGGCAUUUGCUCGUGUUGAUAUUGCCAUUCACACUUACCUUGAAUGUGCUAUGCAAGAAUGCCAGGGAUCUCAACAAGAUAGACACCUUGUAAGGAAGGCACUCAAGUCUGCAUUAUCUCACUUGAAAGCAGAUCAUGCUGGAGAUUUUCUCAGUUGUCAUGGUCAGAGGGUUCGUGAAUAUGUUCCUGACCUUGCAGAAUCAAUUGCUGGGCUGAUCUUGUCGUCCAACGAUAAAGAGUUCCAAGACGAAUGCAUCACGCUUCUUGGGCUAGGAUCAAAUCAGGACGUCUCAGAAGGGUUAGUUCAAUCCUCAAUCUGUGAGAAGAUGGUCCGUGUCAUAGAGCUGAAUGACACCAAGGAGAAUGCAGAGGACAAUGCACCAUAUCUGUUCGAGUGCGAGAAGCUGGAUGAAGAUAGUCAGCUGGACGAAGAAGAUGGGGAUGAAGAUAUGAAUUUCGAUUUCUAGCAUUGUUUCAUCAGUCCUGUAGCUGUAGUACUCCACACUCCAGUACACCGGCUGGCUACUCUAGAGGCAGUUCAAGCAGAAAUUUAACAGCCGCUGCUCCUUCGUGUAUACAAGAUUCAGGAAUUGUAAUUGUGGAAUUAAACGAAAUGAAGUUUCAAAAAAAAAAGAAUUAAACGAAAUGUCCGUGUAGAGAUGCUAGGACAUAUUGCGGAA